CCAUUUCGUCCAACCGGGGAAAAAAAAAAAAAAAGUGGCAAAACAUGUCUGCUCUCGGCAGAAAGAUCGUGUUCACCUCAUCGGCUCCAGCUGCCAUCGGUCCGUACAGCCAGGCGGUUGUGGUGGACAGGACGGUGUAUGUCUCCGGUCAGAUUGGGAUGGACGUGGCCUCUGGUCAGCUGGUGGAUGGAGGGGUGCAGGCUCAGACCAAACAGGCUCUGAGCAACAUGGGGGAAAUACUCAGAGCUGCAGGCUGUGACUACAGUAACGUGGUGAAGACCACCGUGCUGCUGAAGGAUAUAAACGACUUCAACUCCGUCAACGACGUCUACAAGACAUUUUUCAGCACUAACUUCCCCGCCAGGGCUGCCUACCAGGUUGCUGCUCUGCCCAGAGGCGCGCUGGUGGAAAUCGAGGCGAUCGCCGUCCUGGGGCUGCUCUCUGACUCCUGACUAGCCGACCACGUCCCAAACAAGCUGUAACCAAACGACAAGGUGUCCUUUAUUUCAGGUUUUCCUGCAGAAGCGUCGCGUCUCCAGUCCAAGCUGUGGCCGGAUCACUCAACGGCUGAACAGCAUUAAACCCUUUUAAAGCAGCACCUAAUGGGCUGAAGAGCAGGAAUAAAGCAAAGCAUAACUGCGGCAUAAAACUGUUUCAGGUUGAUAAUUUUUACAUAGAAAAUGAUUAAUAAAGUGGUUAAUGCCC